AUGUACUCAGUUGAGAUAGAAGAAACGAGCGGGUUGGUCGUGACAAACUGUGGCGAACCAAGGGGUUUUUCUUUCUAUCUCCCCCUGAACACACCUUUCUCUUACACAGAUUUAUCAUAUUUCUUCUUCUUCUUCUUCUUCUUCUUCUUCUUCUUCUUCUUCUUCUUCAUGGGAUUAACCGAAUGUGCAAAGAGAUCUACGUCCUCUCUUUCUCUCCCUUUCAAUUUUUAUAGUUUACAACUCAAUUCAUGCUAUAAUCCCUUUUCUUUAACAUCUAUCUAUCUAUCUAUCUAUCUAUCUAUCUAUCUAUCUAUCUAUCUAUCUAUCUUCAGUGAAAUUUAUCUUAUCGUCUUCGUCUUUGUUGCAACCGCGCGUCCAGAGUUAUUUUAUUACCAGGUACUUAUUAAAGAAAGAUCCAUAGUCGACAUUUUUCCCUUCUAUCUUAAUGUUUUACUCCCUAUCAGUUUAAUAUUUUUAUUCUCUCUCUCCCUCCUCUCUCUUUACUCUGCUUUUUUAUUUAUUUAUUCGUGCACGCCUUUUCGUACUUCUUAUUUAUAUCACAGUUUAAUUCUAUUCUUCUUUCGAUCACGUUUCAUUCUCCUUUUAUUGUUUUACAUUAUUCAUUAUUUCUUUAUUUUAUGUUCUUCUUUAUUCUUUUUGUUCUCUAAUUUUCAUUCUCACUUCCUCUUUUUUGUUAUUCUUAGGCUUUUUUUUAAUCCUACAUCCGUUUUCUUUCUUUCUUUGUCAAUUCUACUUUUAUUCACUCUCUUUUGCCCUCUUUUUCUUUAA